UGUGAAUGUAUGUCGUAUCGCCAUGGCCCAGUGGCGCCAGGACGUUACACACAGACGCUACGUUGUGCUUAGGAGGUGCUCCUUGCCGUGGGAACGGUGUUGAUUCAGCAAGCAUGCUACCCGCUGGCCGCUCCUGUACCAAGAGAAGCCGGCAGAAGAGAGCGGGCGGCGGGCGAGAGCACAGGACUUCUCGGAGUGUGCGUACGACUUACGACUCGUCCACAAAAUACUGUAACUAUUCUGUGAAUAUAUUUAAAAAGCCAAUACAACCAUUUAAUCAACCAGAGAGAGAGAGAGAGUAAAUUAAGUGAACUCAAAAUGAACUUAACGACUCCGCUCGGCCAACACAUAACCCACAUCACUUAACUAAAAGGCUAUUGUGUUGUCUCACGACUUCUAUCAACUGGAGAAAGCAGGCAACGGUACACCGGACCUGACGUGAGAUAACAGUUCGCGCCUUAAUCAAAAACACACAAAAAACAGCUAACAAAAAGGCUAACAAAAGUGGUGAACAGCGGCUUCCGGACCUUCUCCGAAGUGUUCUAUGUAUGUUAUCUCUCUCUCUCUCCUAACACUUAACGGUGGCAAGUGUCGUCAAGGGGCAGACAGGAAAGUGUGCAGGAAAGCUGACACAAGCAACGCCAUUCCCCCUUGGCCCGUCCGAGUCGAGUCAGCACACUCCACCACACCGCCCCGCGCGCCCCGCCCCGCCACACCUCGCGCGCCCCGCCCCGACGCGCCCCGCGCGCCCACAUCGCCCACUGUCGGGAUAGUGCUUCCCAAUUCUGGGACGCCCACUUGUCUGCCUACGACACAGUCAUUCGUGGGUGGGCGCUUACCUUCGCCUUGGUGGAGAUCUUGGUGGAGCGUGGUCGCUCCUCCGCCCCUUCCUCACCGCUGCCGGGCACUGCCGGCGGUCUCUCUGGCCGCUCCAAGGACGCGGGGACAGCCAGCCAAGGACGAGGGCGAGCCAGCCGUGGACGAAGGAGUGCCACGGGCACCAUCUUCACAUGCAUGUAGCUGACACAACACUACUUAUAUUAAUACACCACUUGUUGAUGACAUUUCAGGUCAGCCUGAUAAAGAGAUAGAAAUUUUGGCCAAGGAGUUCCAGAAGUUGAUGCAGGAUUCGGAAGCGCCCGCCGAGGAUGUCAAUUCCCGUGUCCUAAGGAGCGGGUCAACUCAUGACAGAGUUCUUCCCCCUCCUCCUCCUCCUCCUUCUUCUCUCCCGCAUGAUAACAAAGGAAAUGUUGCCCCUCACCUUCUACUUCCUUCUGCGCUCCGUUCUGGCUGCAGACCCUCCGCACCUCAAGCCGGGAGCCCUCUCUGCUCAUUUGGGCCGGGUUUCUCUGGUCGAGGAUGUCCUGUGGGUCCAGUACCCGUUUACUGCUCUGGUGGAAAUACCGCGCACAUUGAGGGCAAUAACGGAGCAAGUGACUGGGGUUGUGCUGCAGAUGGAUAGCAAUGCUCCUGAAGACGGUAUCCUGCGUCUGAUGCAUGACCGCAUAAAGUACUUGAAUGAUACUCUAACCCUGGCUUUGGAGAACUACGCAGCCCUUUCCUUUCCUAACCGUACUAAACGGGGCUUGAUCGAUGGGAUUGGGCAACUUUCCCGCAUGUUGUUUGGAACCGCAAUGGAUGAGGAUGUGGAGGAACUGCGGGAUAGGUAUAACCAUUUGGCUUCACUUGCUGCUACUCAACACAAAGCCAUUAGGAUGAAUUCCUUACACAUUUCCAGACUUGAGCAUGCAGUACAGGAUAUUGCUUAUUAUUCUCGAACCUUAGGCUCUUCCAUUAAUGAGUUGUGGACCGGCAUGGCUAAUAUGUACCAAAUAGAACUUGUUCUACAAACCUUGCCUGCCUUGGAGAGUGCAGUCAACUCUAUCCUCCAUACUAAUGCUCUGGUGAUACAGAAUGUAGUGGAUGCAGAUUGUGGUAGGGUUACCUUUUCUCUUUUUCCUGUCAGGGAUUUGCAAAAGGCUUUGAAAAUAGUAGUAGAGGGCCACCAACUAACACCUUUGUUUGACAUGCAUGCCAUACACCACUACUAUCCCUUGCUGGAGUCAUUCCUGACGUCGGAAGCUAUAGUGAUUCACGUUCCCUUCAAGUCAAAGGAUGUGUUUGAGGUUUAUCAGCUGGAACCUUUCCCUUUCUCAGUCAAUAACUCGGUAAUGGUGCUUGACUUACCUGCCACAGUGGUCUUAAUUCGUAAUGAUCUUUCGCUUUAUGCAACGGGCCAGACGUCGGACCUAGGGUCCUGCAAAACAGAGUAUCACAAUCUCUAUUUUUGCUCAGCGCCACUCUUUGCAUUCCUCCCGUUGACAGGUGGUAUCUGCGAGGUGGUGCUGACCCAGUGGGAUGCUUCUAAAGCUCUAGAGACUAGCCCCUAUCGUCACGUCGUCCCUAAAUCGCUUUUCCACAGGAGGUUCUCCGGAUUUCACUACUUAUUUUUCACACUACCAGUGUUUGUGACAGUGGUCUGUCCUGAAGGUUCAACUUAUAGAGAGGUUGCAGGUCACCUGGCGGUACGGGUGGCCUGUUCCCUACGUUCUGUCAAUUUGACGACCUUUCCGGAGAAACUCCAUCAUGGAUUUGCGGCCACUAAUGCCAUCCCAAUCUAUCCUAUGACAGUUUAGUGAAUCUCACCUUUUCUAGGAUGAAGUAUGUAACAAAUAGCCUUUCCGAGCUAACCUUUUCAAAUUUCUCGGAAUUGGAGUCAGCUGUCCAUGACUCUCUACCGGUUUACCUUGCCCCAUAUGUACAUUACCCAUCACUGAUCUUACCGGUGGUUCUUUUUAUCAUCAUUGUCAUCCCCCUAUUCUGCCUUGUUAAGCGGGCUCUGACUUUGUACAACCAUCUUCAGGCAAGAGUUGCCCCACCGCGCUGAGUUCGUACGCAUUGUGACUCGAAGACUCAGUUUGUAUCAAAUCUUCUUCAAUGAUUUUUCCUUUUCUUUUUACUAUUCCAAAUAGCUCCAUUACCAUGUAUCCUAAUGACAAUUUAGUCAAUUUAUUUUUCUAGGAUGUAUCUUGUAAAUAACUAUUCGAGCUAUUAUUUUGUUUUCUCGAAAUAGUGCUGAGCUUACACGUCCACGACUCUAGCCCUGUUUACCUCGCCCUGUAUGUACUUUGCCCAUUUAUUGUUACUUCCAUGAUUAUUUCUAUUGUCAUUGGCAUUUUCCGAUGUUGUAUCGUUAGGCGGGCCCUGACUGGUAUAUAUUUGUUUUAGUGCAACCAUAAUAGGCCCUCGUUUAACUAGUACACAUUGCGCGACUGUAACAUGGGUAGGUACACUGAUUUUAAAGGUCAGGUGAGCCGCGAGGUCGCGACUUUCUCCGUGACCGAGCGAUGUUAUGUGUAUAUUAUAACAUAAUGUGAAUGUGUGAAUGUAUGUCGUAUCGCCAUGGCCCAGUGGCGCCAGGACGUUACACACAAACGCUACGUUGUGCUUAGGAGGUGCUCCUUGCCGUGGGAACGGUGUUGAUUCAGCAACCAUGCUACCCGCUGGCCGCUCCUGUACCAAGAGAAGCCGGCAGAAGAGAACGGGCGACGGGCGAGAGCACAGGACUUCUCGGAGUGUGCGUACGACUUACGACUCGUCCACAAAAUACUGUAACUAUUCUGUGAAUAUAUUUAAAA